GGAUAGACAGCACUUGCAGAUUAUUGUGUGUGGAGAAGGCCUGUAGACUCAUCACUCACCUAUAGUUCAUCAUGAAGUAUUUGGCGAUUCUUCUGCUGGCCUGUGUGGUCGUGGCAUCCGCCACCGGCCGUGCCAGGCGAUGCAAUGGAUACGGCUGCAACCGGUCGGGCAAUCGCUUCAACUUCGGCCACGGACUAGGCUACGGACGUGGACUCGGCUACGGACGCGGACUUGGCUACGGACAAGGACUCGGUCACGGACUCGGCUACGGACGUGGACUCGGCUACGGACGCGGACUUGGCUACGGACAAGGACUCGGUCACGGACUCGGCUACGGACGCGGACUUGGCUUCGGACACGGACUCGGUCACGGACUCGGCAACGGACGCAGACUUGGCAACGCUGGUGCCAUCUCCGGCUCAUACACAGCCCGAGGCGCCAACAUCGGCCUCAACAACGCCUUCGAGGGAAGCGACGAGUUCGUCGGAGUCGGCAACUUCAACUUCCAGGGAGCCAAAUCCAAGGCUGCAGGCCACGCCCCAGCGGGAGCCGCCCCGGCCACCGCUCCGGCCGUGAUUGGACGCCAGUGGGGAGCUGGAUCUGCCCGCCAAUGGCAGGCCGCCUCUGCCGACCGCGCUGCCUCUGGUAGCGGCGUCGCCGCCUCUGCCCGCCAGGCUAGCCGCACUGCCCAGCAGGAGGCCCAGGCCAGCUUCACCCAGAAUGCCGUCAGCCAGGGAGCCGGAUCUGCCGGAGCCGCCUAUGCCUUUGCCAGGAACAUCCCGUACAACGGCAUCCAGGCCGUCGGCGUCGCCCCCGCCAACCCACGUGUUGGACCCGCCCACGUCGACGUUCCUGCUGACCAGAGCGGCUACGGUAGCAAUUCCGGCUACGGUAGCAAUGCCGGCUACGGUAGCAAUGCCGGCUACGGCAAUUCUGGUGCUGGUGUUGCCAAGGCGGCCUACUAGAUGCGACGAACGACUGAACCACGGCACAGAAAUGACCAACCCGGACUGCUCUUCUGUUCGCUCAAACCACGGCUGCGGCCGACGGAGAUACGCGAGGAGAAGAGCGACGAGUAUGAACGUACCCAUAACGUGACACCGAGCGUUGGUCUCAUGAUAAUUCCUGCCUUGACCCACGACUUCAUUAAGAAAAGAUCAUUCCCAAACUCCGUAUGACACGGACGGACGUUUACAUUUGAAAUACUGAAGAGAACCACCGCUUUUUGGUGUGCGUGUACAAAGCACACACAAUACUCUGCAAGUGUGAUAUUUAUAGGCCCUUCGUAAUUAUUGUAACUAACAAAUAAAAUGCAACUACAAAACUCCA